CAGAAAAUACAGAAAACGACGACAUCUUCUUAAUUGUUACUCAAAUAAAGGGUACCGAUGUGAAUCAGGAGACCCUUUAAUAUUAACUAAAAUCUUAGAUAAUUAAAUUUUUUUCAAAAUGCAGAAAAAGAACUCGAAAAUUUAAAAUAAAUAGAGAAAUAAAAUGAUCUAAAGAAACCAAAACAAGUCCUAUCUCUGAUUUAUGAUGGUCCUGGUUCUCCCUGUUCUCCUGGUUCUCCAGAUUCUAUCCUGCACUGGAACCCUGAAACCACCAACUGUAUUCAUCUCCGUCCUAGUACGGAAUAAAGAACACACUCUGCCAUAUUUCCUGACUCAGUUGUACAAUCUGGACUAUCCUAAAAACAGAAUCGUACUGCACAUCAGAACCCAGAACAACGAGGAUAGAAGCUUGGAACUCCUUAAUAUGUGGUUGGAGAGUAUCAUUGAGAAGAAGGAAUAUCAUAAUAUCAUCAAAAAACGUUGUGAAUGUAUGAAUAUAAAAGAAUUUUUGAUUAGAUUUUCUUUGGCUGAUUUUUUCUGGUCUUUGGACUCUGAUGUUUUUCUGACAGAUUUAUCAGUUUUGUCUUUUCUGGUCAAUCAGAAUCUGACAGUUGUGGCACCUAUGCUGCCAUCCAUAGGGCGUUACAGUAACUUUUGGGGAGGCAUGUCGGAAUCCUAUUAUUACGAACGUGUCCCUCUGUACAGUACGAUAUUGGACCGGAAGGAGGUUGGAUGCUUCGAGGUUCCCAUGGUGCACUCCAGCGUGCUGGUCAGCUUGAGACAGGAGGAGGCCGACCUUAUCUCCUAUACUCCGGAGGAUAUAAAAGAUUAUCCAGGACCGCACGACGAUAUUAUCGUGUUUGCUCUCUCCUGUUCCUUGAACGGUAUCCCCAUGCACGUGUGCAACCAGAAAGAGUUCGGUAUCAUCAUGCUACCUCUGGACGACGACCAGAAACUCUCCGAUGACCUAAUAACUCUGCAGAAUACCCUGGUAGAGGUCACAGUAAAGAAUCCGCCUCUGAUACCUGAUUCAAUCUUUCAUAGGUUUCUUCCGUCUGCCCCGGAGCCUAGUAAACUAGGCCUAGAUGAAAUAUACAUGAUAAAUCUAGAACGAAGAAAAGACAGAAAAGAACGUAUGGAGUAUAAUUUUAGGCUCCUUGGAAUUGAUUAUAGAUUGUUUCCUGCAAUGGAUGGGGCGAAUAUAGGUCCGGAGUAUCUAGCAAAGCACGGGAUAAAGAUGCUUCCUGGAUUCUCAGAACCAUACCAUGGACGACCUUUAAAGAUGGGAGAGAUAGGAUGCUUCAUGUCUCAUUAUAAUCUUUGGCAGGAUAUCCUAGAGAAGAAUCAUGAUAUGGUUCUAAUCCUAGAAGAUGAUAUUAGGUUCGAACCAUACUUUAUCUCUAAACUGCAAAAACUUCUGAAGGAGCUCAAAGAAAGAAGAAAUGAAUGGGAUCUAACAUUCCUUGGUCGAAAACGGUCUAAAAAUGCUAAGGAGCCCUGGUUGUCUGGCUCUGAUCAGCUGGUGCAGGUGGACUACACCUACUGGACCCUGGCCUACCUCCUCACCAAGGAAGGGGCCAGGAGGUUGGUCCAAGGGAACCCUCUAGACAAAAUGGUCCCGGUAGAUGAGUAUCUACCGAUCAUGUAUGAUAGGCAUCCGAACUCAACCUGGAAAUCUUAUUUUACCAAUAGAGAUCUCAAGGGUCUGAGUGUUGAACCCCUCCUAGUGUAUCCAACCCACUAUACUGGAGAACCUGGAUAUAUCUCGGAUACAGAGGGAACCAGUAUCAUUGAGCUCCCAACCUCAUCCAACCAUUCAACCUCAUCCAACAACUGCCAACCUCCUGAAAAAUGUUCCAAAGACGAACUCUAAAUUUAUUUUUAUUUUUUUACAAGUAAAAUUUUUGUGCCAUAUUUAAGCUUGACCAAUGGCUGUGAAAAAAGAUAUUUUUUUGGUUUAUGUAUUUCUUUCAAAAGGUAAAAUAUGAUCAAAAAGCACUUUUUGUUUAAAGGGGAUUUAAGUUCAAGGUACCCUCAAGGUACCCUCCAUUCAGAGAAGGCAAAGCCUCAUUAACAACGGUACCCUUAAAAACCUUUAUCUGAUCUUAAAUGUGAAGACAUUGUCGUUUAUAAAUAAAUUCUAAUAAAAAAUA